AUGCCCCAGGACAUGCCGCCCGUGGGCGGCUACAAUGCCGUUCAAUACAAGCGCAACCUCCCCGCCCGCGGCUUCCGCCCUGGAAUCCUCCUCCUCGGAAUGGGCGCCGUCAUGGGCUACGGCUGGUACAAGCUGAUCAAGGGCAUCCGCGAGGCCAACGAGCUCGCCCGUGAGAAGAUGUGGGCGCGCAUCCACCUCAUUCCUCUCCUCCAGGCCGAGGAGGACCGUGACCAGAUCCGCCGAUGGUACGCCGACCAGGCGCGCGAGAAGGAGCUGCUGGGCGAGAACACGCGUGUGUACCACACGGACAGGUUUGUCCGACCCACGUUCGCUGUUGCGCCGGAGAAGACGAAAUAG